AUGAAUCUAGUCAACAAACCUCCUAUGGAAGACGUGGGAACCGCUCUGAGUGGUUUGGCAGAGCAGUUUCGCGGUGGCUAUGUCACAAUCAAGGAAAGCUGGCAGCUGAUGGUGCAUAGGGAAUGCUCUGGGCCCUGGCGGGCUGCCCUGACGGGAAUGAUCGAGCAGAACUGGAACGGCGAAUGCACAACCGGUGACGUCGUCUCCUCUAUUAUCUCGGCGGCACGUGGGCAACCGCUGCCCAUGGCAGUCUGCUGGUGCGAGCAGUGGGAUCGCGACACGGUCAUCCCGACAGCCGUCAUCAAGCGCACGACCAAAAGUGGCAAGGACUGUUUCCUCACAAGGAACAUGGCCUCUGUCACGGGCACUGCGUGUGCUAUCUUCAUGGAGACGGCGCUGGAGCUGACGGCCGUAGGGAAGAACCGCAGCAGCAUCUUCGCCCCCGAGGAUUGGGCUGAACCGUCCGCGUUCUACCAGGCAUUGAGCUGGGGACGCCCUGUGAAAAGAUUGUCAAGACAUUGCAAGCGCACUAGCAUCAUGUGGAUGCAUAUUAUAUUUUUAUUGUGGAUUAAAUUGAUAUAUUGA